UCACUGUCACUACCGAAACUGCAGAACCCAAGCAAUGGAGGCCCACGCGACCGGCGCGUGCAAUCAAUCCCUCAACCUCCAAUCAAUCUCACCCAGCGGCGAACCUCUCUCCACCGAAACCCUAGCUUCCCUGAGAUCCCUAAUCACCAACCCCUCAACUCCCGCCCCCGCAAUCUCUUCCAUCGCCGAAACCCUAACUCGCUCUCUCCACCUCAGCCGCGACCCUCACCGCACUCUCAAGCUCCUCUCCGACCUGGCCGCGCACCACCCCCACCUCUCCCCCCUCGUCUUCCACUCCGUCCGCUCCAACUCGCUCCUCUCCACCGAGUCGACUCGCGUCGCCGCCGAGUCACUCGACGUCCUGGCUUCAAUCGGGGACCGCAACCAAGACCUAGCUCCCGCAGUUGAGAAAAUCGAUGACCGGCUGUUCGCCUCGCUCUGUUUCAGUCCCUCGCCGGAGGUACGGCCGUGGCUGCUCAGAAACGCCGGGAGAUUCAGCGUUCAGCCUUAUCUGUUAUCGAUUCUGUUUCUAGGGUUUACGAAGGAUCCGUAUGCGGAUGUGAGGACAGCGGCAUUGGAUGGACUCGUUGGUUUGAGUGAGAGCGGCGCUAUUGACGACGGUGAUGUCAUCAGAGGUUGCUACUUCCGUGCCGGUGAGCUUCUAAACGACAUGGAAGUCGGCGUUAGGUGCGCCGCGAUUCGAGCGGUUUUGGCUUGGGGUUUAACACUCGUGGAUUGCGAUUCGGAGGCGAAAGCUUAUUGGUCUGAUGAAGUAUUUGUUAAGAUUUGUUCUGUGGUAAGGGACAUGAGCGUGGAGGUCAGGAUUGAAGCUUUUAAUGCUCUUGGGAGGAUAGGGAUGGUGUCUCAAGAUAUUCUUUUGCAAACCCUGUCAAAGAAAGUCCUGGUGACCCCUAAAGAAAAGAAAUCUCUUGCUCAGAGUUCCGAUGAACAAAUGGAAAUAUCAGGGUGUAGUUUUGCUGGAGCUUUCAUGCAUGGACUUGAGGAUGAAUUCCAUGAGGUACGAAAAGCUGCCUGUCAUUCUUUGGGUAAACUGACCAAAUUGUCUUCCAAGUUUGCUGGAGAAGCCUUGAACUUACUGAUGGAUGUACUGAAUGAUGACUCGGUGCUUGUGCGGUUAGAAGCUUUUGAAAUUAUGCAUCAAAUGGCAACCUCUGGUCAUCUGAAGGUGCAAGACAAACACAUGCAUAUGUUUCUUGGCACUCUGGUUGACUGUAAUACCCUGACAAGAUCUGCAGCGAGGAAAAUACUUAAAUUGGCAAAGCUGCCAGACUUAAAGUUGUUCAGAUCAACCAUUGAUACCCUUCUAGAUAACUUGGACAUGUUUCCGCAGGAUGAAGAAGAUAUAUUAAAUGUUUUGUUUCAUAUCGGACGAAAUCAUGGAAAGUUUGUGGUCCGCAUUAUUAAGGAGGUUUCUCACCAGAUGGAACCAGUGGCUAAUGGCAAGUUAGGCUUUGAUAACGUGAGGGUGGCGGCUUUGCUAGUUCUGGCCAUCUCUGCUCCACUCUCACAAGAACGUGAUUGCAGAAUUCCACCUAGUAUAUUUUCUUAUGCAGUUACGUACCUGGGUAGGAUUUCUAGUGCUUUGAGUGAUGUUAUUCAUCAAGAUGGCUUGUUGAAUUACUUGUCUCAUUGCAGUAGAUCCUCUGGACCAUAUGAUAUAAAGUUUGACUUUCGAGAAAGGGAAUUACCUGGUUCAGUUGCAAUGCCAUUGCCACCAGAAAGAGGUGGAAUCUCUGAAAUCUUUUCUCCAACAGUUAAGGAAUCAAGGGAGGCUGGAACUUCUCUUGUAAAAUACAGCCUAGAUGUGCAUGAUGUGGAGACCAAGUUAAUAAAUGUUGUUCUUGAAAAGGUGAAGGAUAUCUGGCCAUUUGUACAAGCUGGAUACACAACUGAAGCACUCAGGACUUUAAGAAACUACAGAAAAGAAUUGGCAACAUUGGCGUCUGGGUCUAUCGCAUCUGGUGGUAGCUUUGCCUUUACCAUGCAGUAUCUCAAGAUCCUGAAACUGCUUGCAAAGGCAUGGGUGAACAUCCUGCCUUCAAGCGGGAUGGGAGACAUGGACUUUGUGUUGGAAAAGCUUGACGCGAGGCUUAGUGAACUGAAGAGUAUGUUUUUAAGAUUGUCCAAAGAGGAAGAGUUGCAUAUUUUGGAGCUGAUACUUGUGACCUGUAUGCUCAAGCUAUCUAAAGUUGAAAUUUGCUGCCAUCUUGGUAGUUUUAGAAAACUCUCAUGUACAAUGGCACAUGCGGAAUCUCUCCUUCGAGAUGGAAGUGGUUCGGGAAGUGUUGAACCAUCCAGGUUUAUGAUUGAAGUUAGAAAGUUAUCAUCUGAAAUUGGAACCUCUGUCAAUGGCAGUUCCUUUAAUCCUAUUCCUUUUAGAAGAGCGCUCGAAAGUUUCUCCCUCAAUCAGCUUAUGUUGUGUGGUGGACUAAAGCAGAUAAAGGCAGAUCUGGACAUAGCUGACAAUGACAACGAUCAUCCUCUUCGCUUUGUGGCAGGGUUGCCAGUUGGUAUACCGUGCCACAUCACUCUCCAUAAUGUUUUGGUCCAAAGCAGAAUAUGGCUCAAAAUGACUGUCAAUGGAAUUGAUGAUACUCAGUUUGUCUACUUGGAUCCAACCCUUCUUUCAGGCUGCGAUGACCGUAGAAGAGUUACGUUUAUCGCACCAUUUUACAAAACCCCGAAAGCAUUGUCUUUUACAGUCGGCGUUUGCAUUUGUAUGGAACAUUUGUCUGAAGUUGACAACGCAUCCUCCCUCAAACGUUGUGGACCUAGACAUGAGCUUUCAUAUCUUUGCCAAGAAAAGGAAGUUUUUCUCUCUAUGGUUAAGUGAGAACUCAAGCUUUUCUUUUCUGCCUUAGUUGAAGAAAUAUAAAUA